AUGUCAGAACUGCGUGGCCGCGGCGGAAUUGGUGGUGGUGUUGGUGUUGGUCCGAGCAAUCUGCAUUUGAAGAAAGAACUGACCCAAAUCCGCAAGGCGGCGCGUGUGCUUCGUGAUCCCGGAACCACCUCCUCCUGGCGGUCCCCACUCGGCUCCGCCAGAUCCGCCAUUGCAAACACGGCGGCUUCCUCUUCCGCUACCAACUAUUACCAUCAUCACCACAAGAAUAAUGAUAACAGUAGAAACAACCCUUUCGAUAAUUUGUCGGAACAGCUUUAUCAGUUGCCAUUACGAGUUGAAAGUUUUAGGGCCAAUGUGAGUGAGAAGAAGGUGUUUCUGCACAAUUGGAGGACUCGAAAAUCAGAGAGUGAAAGAAGUGCUGCAACGCUACAAUCGGAGGAUAAGCAACGCCGAGAGAAUCGUCAUGGUCAAGGUGAUGAUGAGAAUGAUGAUGGGUCUUCUUCGACUAAAAAAGUCGGCAUGUCAGAACUGCGUGGCCGCGGCGGAAUUGGUGGUGGUGUUGGUGUUGGUCCGAGCAAUCUGCAUUUGAAGAAAGAACUGACCCAAAUCCGCAAGGCGGCGCGUGUGCUUCGUGAUCCCGGAACCACCUCCUCCUGGCGGUCCCCACUCGGCUCCGCCAGAUCCGCCAUUGCAAACACGGCGGCUUCCUCUUCCGCUACCAACUAUUACCAUCAUCACCACAAGAAUAAUGAUAACAGUAGAAACAACCCUUUCGAUAAUUUGUCGGAACAGCUUUAUCAGUUGCCAUUACGAGUUGAAAGUUUUAGGGCCAAUGUGAGUGAGAAGAAGGUGUUUCUGCACAAUUGGAGGACUCGAAAAUCAGAGAGUGAAAGAAGUGCUGCAACGCUACAAUCGGAGGAUAAGCAACGCCGAGAGAAUCGUCAUGGUCAAGGUGAUGAUGAGAAUGAUGAUGGGUCUUCUUCGGUUCCCGAGGAGAGUAUUGAGGAUAGCUUGAGCGAUGCCCAAAAUGGUGGUAAUGAUUCUAAAAGUGAUACUUAUAUAACUGGUAGGUAUGCUUCAAUGAUUUCUAAGUGUAAAGAUACAACUCUUACACCAUCAAUUAGGCGAAUAGUAAAGAAAAAAUCGAAGAAAAGUAUGCAUUCUAAUGCUAUUUCGAGACACCAUCAAGAAAAACUUCAAAAACAGAUUGUUCUCAGUAAGAGUUCGAAAAGGGUAUUGAAGAAUUUACCUGCUUUGGGUUUGGGUCGUGACGAUUCAGUGAGCUUAGUUGAUCCUUCCGAUGAUACAGAAGAUUAUUGUAACUCAGAGGAUUUAAGACGGGUUUCGGCGGCUUCACAAUUGCUAACAUUGCUCAAGCAUAAGAAUUGGUCUCAUUCCUCGGCCAAUUGGUUGAGGAAUAGCAGAAAAGACGAGUCAUCUUAUUCGUAUAGCACUCCGGCAAUGUCCACCAGUUCUCAUAACAUAUAUGGGAAUCGAAACCCGAGCAAUGCUGGGUCUUGGGAUGCCACAACAGGGUCAUUCAACGAUGGGGAUGAUGAGGUGGAUGAGCAGUUGGAUUUGCCGGGUAGGCAGGGAUGUGGGAUUUCCUGUUGGUCAAAAAGGUCAACGCCAAAGUAUAGAGGGGGGUGUGGGAGUUGUUAUUCUCCAUCGUUUUCUGAUACUUUGAGAAGGAAAGGGAGCAGCAUUUUGUGUGGAAGCCAAAGUAUGUAUCACCGAAAGCGUCGUGGAUCAUCCUUGGGGUCUAACAAGAGGAGGCCUGUUUCUAGGACUGCUCAAGGUCUUAUCCCAUUGCUAACAAAUAGUGGUGAUUGCAGAGGUGGGUCAUCUAUAGGAACAGGGAAUAGUGAUGAUGAGCUUUCCACAAACUUUGGAGAGCUUGAUUUGGAGGCCUUGAGUCGGUUGGAUGGAAGGAGGUGGUCAUCAAGUUGUAGGAGUCGAGACGGGCUAGAGCUAAGAGUCCAAAAUGGUGAAGGAGAUGAGCAAAGUACACCAGAGAAUAUCAGGAGCCUAAGCCAGAAGUAUAGACCAAUGUUCUUUGAGGAGUUGGUUGGACAGAAUAUAGUGGUUCAAUCACUUAUGAAUGCAAUUUCAAGGGGAAGGAUUGCCCCCGUUUAUCUUUUCCAGGGUCCCCGUGGGACUGGAAAAACAUCGACUGCUAGGAUCUUUGCAGCUGCUUUGAAUUGCCUUGCCACUGAAGAAACUAAACCCUGUGGCGUUUGUCGGGAAUGUACUGACUUCAUUUCUGGCAAGAGCAAGGAUCUUAGGGAAGUCGAUGGCACCAACAAGAAGGGAAUUGAUAAAGUCAGGUACCUUUUAAAAAACAUUUCAGUUGGCCAGCCAUCGGCCUUUUCCCGGUACAAGGUGUUUGUUGUUGAUGAGUGUCACUUGUUGCCUUCGAAGACAUGGCUGGCAUUUCUUAAGUUUCUUGAGGAACCACCUCCACGUGUUGUGUUCAUUUUCAUAUCGACUGAUCUGGACAAUGUGCCCCAAAAUGUAUUAUCCCGGUGCCAGAAGUACCUCUUCAACAAAAUCAAAGAUGGUGACAUUGUGAACAGGUUGAGGAAGAUAUCCACGGAUGAGAAUUUAGAUGUUGAAUCAGAUGCAUUCGAUUUGAUUGCUUUGAAUGCAGAUGGAUCACUUCGUGAUGCAGAAACUAUGUUAGAUCAGUUGAGUUUACUGGGAAAAAGAAUCACUACAUCUCUAGUUAAUGAACUUGUGGGUGUGGUUUCAGAUGAGAAACUACUGGAACUUCUAGAGUUGGCCAUGUCAUCUGACACUGCUGAAACAGUAAAAAGAGCCAGAGAGUUGAUGGACUUAGGGAUUGAUCCAAUGGUUUUGAUGUCACAAUUGGCGUCUCUUAUUAUGGACAUUAUUGCUGGAACUUACCACAUAGUUGAUGGCAAAUACGAUUAUUCAUUCUUUGGAGGGAGAAGUUUGAUUAUUGAUAGCUCCAUUGGGUUCAGCGAACCCUAUUAUCUCAAAGUUGGUGGUGCAAUGGAGACCACCUAG